AUGGAAAGCUCAAGCAUAAGUAGAUGGUUUGAGUACGAAUCAGGUCAUGCGUGGUGUGAAAGUGCCUACAAAUAUCAGACGCUACCGUAUGUCGCAGAGUUUGCAAAUACAUGUACAAACCUCCCAAUUAUCGUCCUCCCUCUUGUGAACAUAAUGCUUCUCCGAAGAUAUCUUCAUGACGUGAACGGCGGUCUUAUCUUCCCUCAGCUACUGUUAACAUUCAAUGGAUUAGCAUCAACAUACUAUCAUGCCACUCUCAAUUUGUUCGGACAACUGGUUGAUGAAUUGUCUUUGGUCUGGAUCAUUACUGUCUUCCUUGUUGUUUAUAUUCCAGUCAUGAAGUGGUUCCCGGAACGAUUCUCAAAACGAUUAACUCUGGUUCGCUGGGUUGUACUUAUUGUGACUGCUGCCGUUUCUGCUCUCUGCUUCUUGGAACCAAAUCUCAAUGCGAUUGCUCUGAUGCUCUUCUCCAUCCCAGCAGCUGUUGUGAUCCGAUACGAAGGAAAACAGUCUGGAAUUCCAGACAUCGAGUCCUUCCCAAGUAGAAUUCUUGCUCUUUGGGGAGUUGCGUUUUCCUUCUGGUUUGCUGAUCGUCUUCUCUGUGAUUUCUGGCUUUAUCUCGGAACCCCUUACCUCCAUGCACUGUUCCAUUUGCUCGCUGGUCUCGCUGGUUACACAAUCUUCAUAAUGUUCUCAAUGAUUGAUAUCGAAUCUCGUUCGAAGACUCACAGAUACACCGCUGCCGUCCGUUAUUUCCCGGAUAAGAACGGAUCAAUCUUCUCUUUCCCAUAUAUUUGUCUCAAAGAACGCUCUCACAAAGUGGCGGUGCCAGUGUUCGAUUCAAAUGGCAACACAAAAACGGUUACUGAUGACAAUGAAAUGUUGACAUGA